CACCCUUCUUUUUCUAAUUACUUUAAUUACAAAGACGAGCCUGUUCGGUGUACACGCUCUGUGUCCGGUGUCCCUCGAAAGAUACGGUGCAAAGUACAAUUCGUAGCAUCCAACGAAAAUGGCCGCUCGAACCUGAACCGGUGCCGAUCGACACCUCAUCCGUGGAUUCGUCCAUGGCAAGGGUACUUCCUGUUGAUCCUGCCAACGGAUCGCGCAAGAGUAUAGGUCACCGUUUCGUGGCUCGUGAAUCGAAAUCGAUCGAAGAGAAAGGACGAGGAAUAUAUGUACGUUCAAUGAUGCUCGUCGACCUGCGAACGAAGGUCCGUUACCCUCGGUGUUCCGUCCGACGUUAAUGUAAUCGAGGAAUCGGGCGACGGGAUUUCGAUAACAUUCGAACGUUACGAUUACGCUAUCUCUUUCGACUAUCCGAUAAACGUCAAGCAGAGGAAUCGAGCGGUCAACUAUAGAGCGCAGAACGCGAUUAAGGAUUCUCAUUUGGACGAACGUCGGAAGUGAGGAGAUGAAGAUCGUCGGAUCGCGGUUCACCAAAGCAACGAAUGAGAGGCAGUAAGCGGAGUCUCAUCCGGAUGGGAGUAGCGAACGCUGGAUCGUGGUCGGUUCCUUCGGGCUGUCGAGGUCGUGGCAACGAGAACGAAGGAAAAGAGGACGACCGUUUAACCGGGACGUGGAAAAACCGAGCGUGCAACCGUGGUGUAACGGUGGAACGAUGGCGGCGACCGCCGGGAGAUACGGUGCUAUGGAGAUGAGACAUUCGAGGAGCGAGGACCUCCUCGGCGUGAUCGGAUCGAGAUCGCCGAGUCCUACGGUGCCUCUAACUAGUACUGCCUCUGAGGACGACCUCAUAGCGGCCAGUGCCCUCCACGAGGCCGCUGACACCACCGUGAAACCGACCUGUCCUUUGUUGUCCUCGAGGGUCGCGGGACCGGCUGGUUUUCCCGCCGAUCGCAUCGACCCGGAGGAUUCCAUUCGGGACAUCGUCACCGAAAACGAUCUGUACAGGUUCGUGUUGUUCAAGCGUCAUUACGACAAGUACGUCGCGUUGGCGGCCAAGUACGAGGAAGCCAAGGGCAUCGCAUACUACUUGGAAGAACGUUAUCACGAAGUGAAGGCGGAAAGGGACAAACUAGAGGAGAUCAGACGGUCGCUGGAGAGGCGAUUGGAAGGUUGCGAGGCAGAUCUUCGUAGCAAGGAGGACGAAUUGUUUCUGCAACUGGAACGGAGCCUCCGUCUCGAGGAAGAAGUCGAAAGAGCGAAAGGCGAACGAGACAGCUGUAUAGCUGCCAGGGAUCGUCUCGAGAGGCAGCGCGAGGUAGCUUUGCGCCGUCUGCAGAUGCAACUCGCGCAAAACGAGAUUACGAGGCAGACCCUUGAACGCGCUCGACAGGAUGUCGUCAGACAGGCUACCGUUAUCCGUGCCGAGCGAGAUGCUCUUGAGAAAGAAAACGAAGUCUUAAAGGAGAAACUACGCGUGGAACAGGGAGAAUUAGGGGAGGAGAGACGCAGACGCGAGGAAGGUGUCGCGGCGCUGACCCGAGAGACGAUCACGUUGAGGCACGCCGCGAGGCACCUUCGUGCAGCGACUGUACACGCCACGUCUUGCCGCCGUCGUCGACGGUGCUCCGUUUGUCUGUACGCGCGUCGCACUUUCGCCGAGAUCGAUGAUUAUCGCGAUGACGGGAACCUUUUCAAGUGCCUUCAAGCGCCGCUGCAGGAUCUGCGUACCUGGUUGCGACCCAGCACAACGUCCGCGAUGCCAGCCUCGCGUGGUCAGAGGACUAACUCACCGUUGGCCGAUCGAGAAAUAAGUUACAUCGACGAUUCGAGCGUCGACAGCAGUGCCGGUGGCAGCAACGGCAGCAGCAGUAGUACGACCAGCAGUAACAGCGGCUCGGACGACGAAGCAUAUCCGAGCACUCCUGUCGCCGAAAUGUCGCUUUCAUCGGCCAACUCGAGUGCUCCGCCUACGGCCAGAGCCUUCUCAUCCGAUUCAGGGUUCUCUUCGGAGAUCGGAGAUCGAAGAUCACGAUGUUAUGAAAAUGGGGGUAGUAGCACAAGCAGCAGCAGCGGCAAGAGCAGGAAGAUCAGCGAGUCUCUUAGCUGCAGCGAGCCGGACGAGCAAAACACGACGGCGUUCAGUCGGUCGAGAUGGACCUCUUCGUUUCGCAAGUUACUGGGACGGAAGCCUAAAACCAAGUCCACGCCUGAUCGUUCCUCGUGAAGAAACGAAGACUGAUAGACAAGAAGCAGGCACGAUAAUGCGAGAUCACCGUGAAAUUUAGUGCUCCCUCCCCUUUCCGGCUGCGUCGUUGAUCUAUCGAAUUUAAUCGGUAAAACAUUCCAAACGAAUUCGUUCGAAAUGAGAAAAGCAAUUCGAUACUGCCAGUAGAUUUGAUAUUACGAUACGAUCUUCAAUUCUUUCUUAUCAAUUACAUCGAAUUAAACGACCACAGGUUUCGAAGUUAUACAAUAGGUAAAAAUAGAAUCUUAUCCUCGCUGAUCAUUUUACUAGUAGUAGUUUACUUUUCCUGUAUUUAAGAUACCUCUUUGCUGAUUUUUCGGUUGUUGAAACUCGCGACACUAUGUAGGAAUUGAAAUUUAAAACAUUUGUAUUGCGAACGAUCGAUCGAAUUAGACUAAUAGGUAUGUAUGAAAUUAGCUCGAUGAAAGUGUGUUAUUGGUACGAUGAAAUUCGUAAAAUUCUCGUUUUUAAUCGGAUAGUAGAAUGACGUUAUCAUUUGUAACGUGUUUUGUUGUUUUUACAAUGUUACUGUUAGGGUGAUUGUUAUCCUAUUAGCCAAAGAAAAGAGCAUAGUAAUUUAUAUAUAUUAUAUAUAGGCAAAUAUUUAUAUCGAUCGAUCGCAGUUUCAUUUUUAGAUCGUAGAACAUGUUGGAAUUUGUAAUCAAUUUUUUAGGUGUUCAAUGGAAUUUUGAAACUGAUAUACAAGUCGACACCAAAUAGAUCUUCAAACUCGGGCAGCGAGUCCCCUUUACAAAUUAUCGUGCGACGUAAAUGCAUGCGAUAGAAGAAUUUCGGUUUACUUAUAUCAGGAAUGAUAUGUACGUAAAACAAAUGGAAAAUGUAUUUUACUGUUAUAUAUACGAGCGCAGCUAAUAGUGUGUUGUGAAUAAACAAUAAUAAAAUACGUGAUUGCAUAACGUUCAGGGUAACAACAGAUUAAUGAGCCGUUCGAAAAUCUUGCUUCAUCAACUGUAUCAAUUGUUACUAUUUAGGCGAAUAAUUAAAUCUCUCACUGGGUUCCUUUGCAAAUUACGCGUAAACAUGGCAUAUUUUGUAUAUAUAUUUUUGUAUUUUACUUUUCAACCGUUUUGAUCAAUUUACGAUGGAAUUAUAAAAGGAACACUGCUCCCAUGUAAAGUUCACGCAAACAGUUUUUGCGUUAACUAAUAAACGAAUGAUUUUACCUGAUUUCGGUCAUGUUUCCAUUUUUACCAACAAUAAAUAAAGUUAUUUGUUAGAGAAAGAA